AUGCGGCCGACGGCCCUGCUCCACCGCCACCACCACACCGCGCCAUCCGACCCCGCCGCCGACCCCGACCCCGACGCCGUCUCCUCCUCCUCCGCCGAAGCCUCCCGUGAGCCCACCACCAGGCGCGGAAGACGUCCUCCUCCUGCCCUCUUCCCUCUGUUCUGGCCCUUCGACAGCCUGCACAUCCUGCGGCCUCUCCUCUCCGGCACCGUCGCCCUCGCCCUGCCCGCCCUGCCCCCCUUCCCCUCCGACAUCAUGUCCUUCCGCACCAAGCCCGUCAUCCCCGCCACCCCGCGCGUCAUUUCCCCGAGCCCCACGCCAUCCGACCGCGAGUCCUCACAAGAUGCCUACUUCGGCCCCACAACCAGGUCCGCAGCCAGGAGGAGGAGGCUGGCCACGCCCCAGCCCGUGCGCGAGAACCCCGAGGACGAGGUCGACGACGGCGGCGAUAACGACCCACGAGAUGGCCUGCGGAGGUCACGCACGAGGAGCAGGAGCCCCCUUGCCACGGCAAGGCUGAACGGCAUGACGGCCAUCAACACCAAGGACAAGAAAAAGGCCUCAACAGCAGCAAACAACACCAAGAAGAAGCCCGAGGCCCCCGAGGCCCCGCCGUCAAACGGCACCGCCAACGGCAAGGCCGGCGACCACCUGUCCCCCACCUCCGCCCAGACGCCCUCGGGCGGCGGCUGGAGCUGGCGCGACUUCAGCCGCAGCCCGAGCCCCCUGGGCCUGAUCCCCAUCCACCGGCACUGGCGCACCUUCGUGCACAAGCACGAGGUCCCGCGCAAGCUGCUGCACCUGUCCAUCGGCUUCCUGGUGCUGUGGCUCUACGCCUCGGGCACCCAGACCACCUCCGUCACGCCCUGGCUCGCCGGCUUCCUCGUCCCCAUCGCCACCACCGACUACGUGCGCCACGUCAACCCGGCCUUCAACCGCUUCUACACCCGCGUCCUGGGCGCCUUCAUGCGCGAGAGCGAGGUCGACGGCUGGAACGGCGUCGUCUUCUACCUGCUCGGCGCCCUGCUCGCCCUCGGCGGCCUCCCCAAGGACGUCGGCGUCAUGGCCGUCCUGCUGCUCAGCUGGUGCGACACCGCCGCCAGCACCUUUGGCCGCCUCUACGGCCGCUACACCCCGCGCAUCCGCCGCGGCAAGUCCCUCGCCGGCUCCGCCGCCGCCUUCCUCGUCGGCGUCGUCACCGCCUGGGGCUUCUGGGGCUGGCUCGUCCCCACCAUCGGGCCCAUGCCCGGUGACGAGGGCUUCAUGUUCAAGGGGUCCCUGUCCCUGCCCGCCGCCGUCGCGGAUGCCGUCGGCCUGGGCGCCGAGGGGCAGGCCACCGUGUCCGGCGGCGUGGCCCUGGGCCUCAUGAGCCUGUGGUCCGGCUUCGCCGCCGCCGCGAGCGAGGUCGUCGACGUGUUCGGGUGGGACGACAACCUGACCAUCCCCGUCCUGAGCGGGAUCGGCAUCUGGGGGUUCCUGAAGAUCUUUGGGUAG